CAAUGUCAAAUCAUUCCGGAAUGAUGAGAAGUGCGAACGUUUGUAGGAGCACGUCUUACCUUUUCGUCUUUUCGGUAUAUAAUUCCACUUUCACCACUUUGUGAAUACUCUACUCAUUCGUAUCAGUUAUAAAUGUGCUGUGACAGAACACGGUCGUCUCUUAAAUAUAAUUAUUAGAAAUACUCAUGCCAUGGCGAGAGUCGCUACCGAAAUGGCAUACAGAAAUUUUUGUGUAGUGUUUAUAAUUUUCGCUCUAGUGAUAGUUCAAGCGGUCGGUUACGACACGGAACUGUAUGAAACAAAGCCUUGCGACAGCAAUGCUUGUUUUGACGAGCUCCACGGGUCUUUGGGCGACUGUUCGUGCAAUGUUGACACCAUCGAUUAUUUUAAUAACGUGAAAGUUUACCCUCGUCUCCAAAGUCUAAUAAGAAAGGAUUACUUCCGUUUCUACAAAGUGAAUUUGAAAAAAGAAUGUCCUUUCUGGGCAGAUGAUAGUAAAUGUGCGAUGAGGUACUGUCAUAUUAAGACCUGUUCUAAGGAAAGUGUGCCUGGAUAUGAGAAUGGUUACGAGAAUGACCAUAUAGACGAGACUCCAGCGACCAAGUACACGAAGGAGGCGCAGGGUAACUGUGACACUGACGCGGAUCAUGACCAUGACUUGGGCUACCUGAACAUGACCAUCAGUGCUGCCAGUCAACAUGAGAUAGCCAAGUGGAAGGCUUACGAUGACGCCCUCGAGAAUUUCUGUGGCUACGACGACAAGGAUGUUGAUGCUGAGUAUGUAGACUUGUUGCUAAAUCCAGAAAGAUUUACAGGAUACAAAGGACCUUCUGCCAAUAGAAUUUGGAAGAGUAUAUAUCAGGAGAACUGCUUUAGACCAAAACCAAAUCCGUAUGAGUCCUUCCCAUUUGUGAUGACUUCAGAUCUAGGCAACAUGUGCUUAGAAAAGAGAGUAUUCUACAGAGCCAUAUCUGGCUUGCACACUAGUAUAAAUGUGCACUUAUGUUCAAAAUAUUUGCUGUUUGAGAAAGGAGCAGGAUUCACAUCUGAUGGUGAGUGGGGUCCCAAUCUAGAGGAAUUCCAACGUCGGUUUGAUCCAUCCCAAACAUUCGGAGAGGGUCCUAAUUGGUUAAAGAACCUUUACUUUGUUUAUUUAUUGGAAAUGAGGGCUUUGGCUAAAGCUGGACCGUAUUUAGAGAAGGAGGAAUAUUACACUGGCAAUCCGACUGAGGAUGAAGAGACUCGGGAGGCCAUACACAACAUGCUGAGCGUGAUCUACUCCUUCCCAGACCAUUUCAAUGAGUCUUCCAUGUUUAACGGCGGCAGUCAAGCUGCGAAACUGAAAGUAGAGUUCCGAGAACACUUCCGUAACAUAUCGAGGAUAAUGGACUGCGUUGGGUGUGACAAAUGUAAGCUUUGGGGCAAGCUUCAGACACAAGGCUUGGGUACUGCACUAAAGAUAUUGUUCUCCAGCAAAUGGAAUAGUCCAGAAAGUGACACUAAUCAGAGCAAGUUGCCCGUCAGACACAAAUCUCAUGAAAGGUUGCAGAGGACAGAGGUAGUUGCACUCUUCAAUGCAUUCUCAAGACUAUCAGAGAGUAUACGGCAGUUGGAACAGUUCCGAAUAAUGCUAAGCUCGCAGAAAGAAGGAGGUCAGAAGCAACCCCUAUUUGGAAGCAUUCGGGACAUGAAGUGAGAAGAAUAGAAAUACUUCUAGAAUAAUCUUAUUGGCGUUAUUAGGACUUAGAAUUAAAACUUAACGUUCCUUGAACAAGUUAUGCUUGAAAUUAGACUCUUAAUUUAUUGGAAGAAGGAAUUGGAUGUGCUUUUCUGAGCACACGAAAGUUAAGCGUAAUGAUUUAGAAGAAUAGUCUAUCCUGACUUUAAAAAGGUGUGAGACUGCUUUUGUUUAACCUCUUUUCUAUGUUUUUACCUCUAUGGUUCUUUCUUUUUCAACAGCCUGUACUAUUUCAGCAUGUUCUCAUUAAAUACUCCUUUUCUGAAAUUAUCAAAAAUGACUCAUUUUCUUUCCAAACAUAUGAUUUCUUGCUCUAUUUAACAAUAACAUUAAGUACUCCCGAAAUGCAAUUAUCCCUAGUGUCAACGUUGACUAUAAAAGUUUCCUUUUAACGCCAAUUUAUGUUAAUAAUUCAUCACAAGACUUAAUUAAAUAUUUAUUGAAAAUCCAGUGACGAGUUGAGCUUAAUUUUACAAUUUUAUACAGGGUAAGGCUAAACAUUAAGGGGUGUGGAUUUAUCAGUAAUUUUACUGCUUAAUGUAAACUAUACAAAACCUGUAAUAUUGCCCCGAAUGGCAAAUAAGAAUAAAAUUGUAUCAAAAAGAGUUCCUUUCUUUUUGAAUUUAGAAAUUUGCUGAAGCCAUCAUCAAAAUAAGCAUUAUCGAUUGAAAUUAACAAUAUUGGUCUUGAUUAAAAAAUAUAUUUUUUGCCUACUUUUAGAUGUUCAGCUUUACCCUCCGUUUUGUCUGUGUCUAGAAUAAGAUUAAUUUAUAAGUAAAUAAUGUUACACUAAAAAGCAAUAGGCAUUUGGACACAUAUUAUUUUCGAGUUAUUUUUUCAGAUUUCAGUUUCUAGCAAGACUCAUAUUUUUACUUAAAAAGCAACUGAAAGGAUUGUUCAGAAUAAUUGUCACGUCAGUUUAGCGUUUUUAUCUUCUAUCGAUCUUCCAUUGAUGUCGUAAGGUCUAGCGAAAAUUAUAGCUAGAAAUUAGACCCCAUAGUUAAUCUCUUGUUUUCUAAAAUUAAGACAAAUCAUGUUCAAAAGUCUAUUGUACAAAUGUGUAUUUAAAAAGGCAUGAAUGAAUAUAUACUUAAAAUUGUAAUACUAUAUGUAUUUCAUACAUAAAACUUAAUAUUUCUCUAGUCACCUGUAGGGAAUACAAAAAUGUGCAAUAGUAACACUCCAUUUUAUUUUAUUUUCAAUUUGAAUUGAACAGCAUUUUUAUGGAUUUCAAUAAAUUCUGAAACACUAAAGUUUUAUUACAUAGCCUCAAAAUUUUAGUUACUAUUCGAUUGUAAAAAGGUUUUAUCAGACGAUGAAAAAAUUCUGUAUUGUUGAUGGAUCAUUGUUGUAGAUUAUCUGUGGUCUGUCAUUAUUCCGAUCGUUACGGUCAUUAUUUAUCCAAGGCCAGAUUCAGUUUGAUACAAUCCCAAUUGUAUUUGGCCGCUACCCAACAAUCUAAAUUAACCAAAAGCCGGGGAUUCAUCAGUAAAAUAUCAACAUUACAAUACAAUAGAGAUUUUUAUGAUUAUAAUUUUAGUAUGAAAGGAGGAGUAUGUUUAACGAAAUUAUGAUUAUUUCAUAACCUCAUGUAAAUUGUUGAAACAUUGUUUUUAUACAUAACUAAAUAUAAGUUAAUUUGGUCACAAACGGAUUGGUACAAUGUUAAGUAUUAUUAGAUAUAAUUAUUAUAUCUAGGUGCUCAGUUCUGGCAACACUUCAAUAAUACAUAUAGUUCCUUUCGCCGUUAUUCCUGUGUAAUGGCCGACGCACUACAUACUUUGUAUCUUAUUUAUAUAAUUAUUAUUUGAAAUGUGCCCCCAAUACUGGAUUUGUACACGUACAAGACCUGUAAACUUUUAAGCUAAUUUUAUUUUUUGAGUUUUGCUUUUAUUUAUUUUACAAUUAGAUAAUAUUUUAAACAGCUUUUAGGUUAUGAUUAUAGAGCAUUUUGUUCUGGUUCAAUUAUUUAUUUAAUGCGAACCGUUUGUUAUACUCUUAUUCAUUUUAAUUAUAGAAAAGAUCUAAAUAGGUGUCCAAUAUUUUUGAUAAAUAUUUUUUUGAAAAUUCCCGUUUUCUAUGAUUUAUGAUGUAUGUAAUUAAACAAAGUUACUCCAGUAACUGACUCAAACAAUCAAACAACGAAGAAAUAAUACUGAAUCAAGUUUUAAUAUAUAAUUUAAUUAAGUUAAUAGCAACCAAUAAAAUCACUUGAAAAAGUUACUUGCAUUCCACGUAUCGAUUCUAGAGUUAAUUAAUUCUUAUCUAAACAAUAAAAUCGAGAACGGUUGAUUAACCACCUCAAUAGUUUUCAUACGCUCUGUAAAAACCGUAAAAAAACAAUUUAUAAGAAAAGUAUAGAAGUUACUGUCUGUGAUUAUUAGUUUCAAUUAUCAUGACAAUUUCAUUUUUAUGUUAUUUUAUUUUUAAUAAAUGUAUUAACUUAU